CGUUAGGACUUUCCAGAGUGGGCGGAGCGACUGUGCAGUGCAGGAAGUACUGAGUCAGCUGUAGUUUCUGUAGUUUUUGAGGUAUGUUGGUUGUCAAACACGUUCCUUGCGGUCCCGCAUAAAGGGCAGGGAGUCUGCGAGUUUUCUCUGCGAGUUUUCUCUGUGUGCUGAGCGGCAGAUACUUCAGCUUCUCCGCGAUGAGUCGAGCCGUGCUGGUGGAUCUGCUUCACCGCUGCUGUGCAUCAUGCACGGGCGCUUCUCUGCUGGAGGACUCGGUUUCAGACUCGCAGGUCUUUGUGCUGUGCGGGAACACUUACCGGGAGAAAAACGGCUUCGUAGACACGUUCUUGAGCUCCUGCAAAAGUGUGCACAUCCUGGACUCGAGCUCCACAGUGGAGAGUUUGUACCGUUUCAAGCAGACUUUGGACCAGCUGGACCUGAGCUCGAUCACGGUCCUCACCACCGCACAGGGCAAAGAGGUGCUGGCUCAUUACCAGAACCUCCUUUUUACGGCCCUAUACGACUUCCAGUACAAGCAGAGACCGGUGGACGAGACUUGUCCUAGUUGCAGAGCCUCCACAGAUUCGGUCUCACCUGGCGAAGAAGUGUGCGAAGAAGUGUCGACGUUUAUGCAGCAGCUUCCUGCGCUGAAGGGAGAACUCACAGUUCUGAAGUCUGCGCUCAUUCCAGAUUGUUUUGGUCAUGGCUUCAGCACCCGUACAGGUGGUGUGUCCUACAUCUCGACCUUAUCCUCCUUGAAUCUGUUCAGCAGCUGCAGGAGGAGGGACCCAGUGGCUGUGGUAAUGGAGAACAGGCGCCGAUUAGCCCUCCAUGCUGGUUUCCAUCCUCAGCCCAUGCAUUUAGUCAAGGUGAACCACGCUAACGAUGUCUGGGUCUUGGGGAAAGCUGAGCCCGAGAGUUACGAUGCAAUGGUGACCAAUCAGACUGGGCUCGUCUUAGCAGCUCCAGGGGCCGACUGCAUGCCGCUCCUCUUUGCUGAUCCCGUCGCAAAAGUUAUCGGAGUCGCACAUGCAGGUUGGAGAGGAACCAUAAUGGGGGUUGCCAUGGCCACUGUGAAUGCCAUGGUGACAGAAUUUGCUUGCCAAGUUAGCAACAUUGUGGUGGCUGUGGGACCAUCAGUGGGACCCUGCUGCUAUACCAUGGAAAGAGACCAGGCGUUGGACUUCAUGAGCAUCCAUCCAGACUGUGUUCCUGAUCCAGAAUCAGCCAGACCACACGUCGACAUCCGUCUCGCCAACAGAGUUCUCCUCCAGAAAGGUGGCGUCCUGCCCGAGCACAUCCAUGACAACACGAUGACGCACUGGUCCUGCGUGACGCCCUGCACCUCAUGUCACCCUGAAAACUACUUCUCCCAUGUCAGAGAUGGGCUUAACUUUGGCACACAGGUGGGCUUCCUGUGGAUCAAACAAACGAAUGAAUGAAUGAGUGUUUAGCACACUUACCUCAUAUUGUUGUCAGCUAAAGCUCCACAAAGUCAAUGUGCUUUUUUGGUAAAAUUACGUGGUAUAAAAAAUGUUAAAAGCAGCAGACAGGAAAUAGCUAAAAACCAAUUGUUUGCUAAUUUACUGUUUGAUAUUUACAGCUUUAAGGAUAAUUUUGCAUGUCCCACAGAUUCUAAUCUUCAAAUAAACUAGAGGAUUAAAGUUACAAUGUGCAAAAUCUCAAUACUAGAUGUCAGUACAUAGCAGACUGCAUUCAACUGAGUUCUGUUUUCGUACCGCUCCCAAUUCAAAUGCACAAUCCUAGCUAAGGUGGCUUCCAUGCAUCUGUAGUGAGUGCAGGCUGUCAGUCCACUGUUCACCUCAGCAGUAGCAAUAUGUAUUGACAUCUAUGGACUCUAGAGGGAAACUGCAAAACUUUGUGGCUGAGUCCAAUAUGAGUCAGUGAAGCUCAUUUCUGUCUGACAACGAUACUGCAGUGUUGUUGAGGAUAUCGAACUUUUUGUCAUUAAACACUGCCCUUUAGUAACACUUUCUUUGAAGUGGAGCUAACUUUGUUGGAUUCAGAGUCUUAGCGAUUAAACUCUCAUACGAUGUGAGAAUGUAAUCAAAUUGUUUAUCGGAGGGAAAAUGUGAUUUUUAGGACACUUGAGUCUAACAUUAGCUAAUAUAGCAUUAGCUUAUUGCUGUUGUGUUUUAGCCAGCUCAUUGUUAGCUGUCUGGAGGCCGUAGAGUCGCAUGUCUAAUCUGCCAUCAAUAAGUAAUUAUAAUGAUAUCAGGAAGAAAUGAACAUGUUUAUGCACAUUUUCGUGUGUUAGAGCUCUGACUUCAGCUCAGUAGGUUCCGCUGAGGAGAAAGAGGAUGACACUUGAUCCAGGUAUCACCUUCCCUCGCAUUUUCGCUUCUUUAAUGAAAACAACCACUUCUCAGAUGAUAAAACAUGGGUAUGAUCAUAUCUUGAGUCUGUAGGUGCAGACACAAAUUAAUAUUUUACUAAGCUAAAUUAUUACUAUUUUAUUUUUUUAAAUUUCACUAACUUUCAGGGAUUUCUCACUUGAACAAACAUGUUUUAUAGCUCGUAAGAUUUUUGGGGGUGAAUCUAACUCUGCAGGCAAUUAUUUCUAUAUUGUCGGAAACAGCAUAGGAAUACUGGACUGAUACAGUUUGUCCAAACAUGUAUAUUUGGAUAGUUUACCUGUAUUGUGGGUCCAAUGUACCAAGCAAACUACCCACUAGCCAGUAAGCAUUCAUCUAGCGGCUCUAAUCUGUCUCUCUUAAUUCCAACCUGAGCCAACAGAAUUAUUUAGAGAAUGAAUUGGUGGGUUUAAAUACUUGGAUAACACCUGGAACAAAUAGACCUUUUUCUUUUUAUUCUUGUACUGAAAAUCUUGAGAGAUGGUUUUUAAUGGCAUUUAACUUUAGUCAGAGACGUACAGCAUAAUAUUACUCAGUGAUAUAAGAUUUAAGACAGAACACACAUACCUUAAAGGAGUGAGGCUCUGAGCGGUGAGGCCAUUCAAUUUCUCUUGGUGAAUGACUGUAAAAAUCUGUACAGCAUAUUUUACGUUGAUAUUUCUCUUCCUGGAUUGUAAAGCAUGGUAAUUUUAGUGUUCAAUAAACUUUCAGUCCAAUGACCGGCUACGUGGGUUUUAUUAAUUAACUGAAUGACAGAUAGCAGUUGGGUUCAUCAGAGUUCAAAUCUGU